AUGUUCUGCUGCCGGAGUGAAGAAUACAAAGAACAAAAUCGCAUCAAUAAAGAAAUUGAGAAACAACUGAAGCGCGACAAAAAAGAUGCUCGUCGAGAGCUUAAACUUCUCCUUCUCGGUACCGGUGAAUCGGGCAAAAGUACUUUCAUCAAACAAAUGCGCAUCAUACAUGGAGCAGGUUAUUCAGACGAUGAGCGGAGAACUUUCAUCAAAAUUGUUUAUCAAAACAUAUACAUGGCUAUGUUUACAAUGGUUCGUGCAGUGGAAAGUUUGAAGAUUCCUUACGAAAACCCAGCAAACAAGGCAUAUGGCGAAGCAAUACGAGAAAUUGACUAUGAGACUGUGACCACAAUGGAACCACAACAUGUUGUAGCAAUCAAAUCAUUAUGGGAUGAUCCAGGUAUUAAAGAAUGCUAUGAUCGUCGUCGUGAGUAUCAACUAACAGAUUCAGCAAAAUACUAUUUAGAUAAUCUUGACCGGAUUUCACAAUCCGAUUAUCUACCGACACUUCAAGACAUUUUACGUGUUCGAGUUCCUACUACAGGUAUUGUAGAGUACUUGUUCGAUUUGGAUUCUAUCAUAUUCCGAAUGGUUGAUGUUGGUGGUCAACGUUCGGAACGUCGAAAGUGGAUACAUUGUUUUGAAAGUGUCACUUCAAUUAUGUUUCUAGUUGCAUUAUCAGAGUAUGAUCAAGUAUUAGUGGAAUCCGAUAAUGAGAAUCGUAUGGAAGAAAGUAAAGCACUCUUCAGAACAAUCAUUACUUAUCCAUGGUUUCAAGAGUCAUCUGUUAUUUUAUUUCUGAAUAAGAAAGAUCUUUUAGAAGAGAAAGUUCUCUAUUCUCAUCUUGUUGAUUAUUUUCCUGAAUACGAUGGUCCUCAACGUGAUGCCGAAGCUGCACGUGAUUUCAUUUUGAAAAUGUUUGUUGAAUUAAAUCCUGAUCCUGAGAAAAUAAUCUAUUCUCAUUUCACAUGUGCUACAGAUACAGAGAAUAUACGUUUUGUUUUUGCUGCUGUCAAAGAUACCAUACUUCAAUUGAAUUUGAAAGAAUACAAUCUUGUUUGA